CGGCCAUGGUAACACCACUGUGUAACGGACUACUGCACACAACAACAGAAACAAGCGCUUCUCUUUGAGGUACAAUCAUACUAUUUUCAUGCACAUAGUUACAGUUCCAGCCCAGAGACAUUGUCCUCCAUUAAGAUGAACCUGGCAGAGAUCUGUGACAAUGCUAAGAAGGGCAGAGAGUACGCUCUGCUGGGAAACUAUGACUCCUCUAUGGUCUACUACCAGGGAGUGAUCCAGCAGAUACAGAAACACGGCCAAGCCCUCAGAGACCCUGCACUCAAAGUCAAGUGGCAACAGGUGAGACAGGAGCUGGUGGAGGAGUAUGAGCAGGUGAAAGGCAUUGUGGGAACUCUGGAGAGUUUUAAGGUAGACAAGCCAGCUGACUUCCCUGUCCCUCAGCCUGAGGAAGGGCCCCGAGACCCCGCAGUGUGGCCCCCCCCCACCCCCGCAGAGCACAGGGCCCCUGCUGCAGUGAAGCGUCCUAACAGUGGUGUAAAACCCCAGCAGAGGAAGGACUCACCAGGGAUGCAGCCCAGAGGGGCUCCAGGGGGGAGGGGUCAGACCAACCCCAAAACAGACCGCCCUGCCCCCAGGGACGCCCCCCGAGGCACCAAGGCCAGAGACGACAAGGGUAAAAAGGCUGUAGCAGAGGGAGCGGGGGAUGGAGAGCUGAAGAAGUUUGAUGGUUCAGGGUACGACAGUGACUUAGUGGAAGCACUGGAGAGAGACAUCGUCUCCCGCAACCCCAACGUACACUGGGGGGAUAUUGCUGACCUGGAGGAUGCUAAGAAGUUGCUGAGAGAAGCGGUGGUUCUGCCCAUGUGGAUGCCAGACUUCUUCAAGGGUAUACGCCGACCCUGGAAGGGGGUGUUGAUGGUGGGCCCCCCAGGGACAGGGAAGACUAUGCUGGCUAAAGCCGUGGCUACAGAGUGUGGCACCACCUUCUUCAACGUGUCCUCCUCCACACUCACCUCCAAAUACAGAGGAGAGUCUGAGAAACUGGUUCGCCUGCUCUUUGAGAUGGCGAGGUUCUACGCCCCGACCACCAUCUUCAUAGAUGAGAUAGACUCCAUCUGUGGGAGUCGAGGGAAGUCAGACGAACACGAAGCCAGCCGCAGAGUCAAGUCAGAAAUACUGGUACAGAUGGACGGUGUGGGGGGAGCUUCAGAGAAUGACGAUCCCUCUAAGAUGGUGAUGGUUCUGGCCGCUACUAACUUCCCCUGGGACAUUGACGAGGCGCUACGGAGACGACUGGAGAAGAGAAUCUACAUCCCACUGCCUACAGCUGUGGGUCGUGCUGAGCUGCUGGGGAUCAGUCUAAAGGAGGUGGAUGUGGCUGAUGACGUGGACCUGGCUCUCAUCGCUGACAAGAUAGACGGAUACUCUGGCGCUGACAUCACCAACGUCUGCAGAGACGCGUCUAUGAUGGCAAUGCGUCGGCGUAUCCAGGGCCUCUCUCCAGAGGAGAUCAGAGCUCUGUCUAAAGAAGAGCUUCAGAUGCCUGUCACCAUGGACGACUUCACCAUGACCCUGAAGAAGAUCUCCAAGUCUGUCUCCGCUGCCGACUUGGAGAAGUACCAGGCCUGGAUGGACGAGUUUGGAUCGGUCUAGAGAGAGGACACAGCACUGGGAGUGGAAGAAAGGACUGGAGAGGAGGCUGUGACUGGAGUGGAGCUAGAGGAGGCUGUGACUGGAGUGGAGCUAGAGGAGACUGUGACUGGAGAGGAACUAGAGGAGGCUGUGACUGGAGAGGAGGCUGUGACUGGAGAGGAACUAGAGGAGGCUGUGACUGGAGAGGAACUAGAGGAGGCUGUGACUGGAGAGGAACUAGAGGAGGCUGUGACUGGAGAGGAACUAGAGGGGGCUGUGACUGGAGAGGAGCUAGAGGAGGCUGUGACUGGAGAGGAACUAGAGGAGGCUGUGACUGGAGAGGAGCUAGAGGAGGUUGUGACUGGAGUGGAGCUAGAGGAGGCUGUGACUGGAGAGGAGCUAGAGGAGGCUGUGACUGGAGAGGAUCUAGAGGAGGCUGUGACUAGAGAGGAACUAGAGGAGGCUGUGACUGGAGAGGAACUAGAGGACAAGAGUGUGACUGGAGAGGAACUAGAGGACAAGAGUGUGACUGGAGAGGAACUAGAGGAAAAGAGUGUGACUGGAGAGGAACUAGAGGACAAGAGUGUGACUGGAGAGGAACUAGAGGACAAGAGUGUGACUGGAGAGGAACUAGAGGACAAGAGUGUGACUGGAGAGGAGCUAGAGGACCAGAGUGUGACUGGAGAGGAACUAGAGGACCAGAGUGUGAGCCAAGUGGAUAGAAGUGUAAAGCGGAGUGUUUGGUUGAGAUUAAAGGGUACAUCUCAAUAGUCUAAA